AUGCGCUAUGUUCAUAUUCUCAAAAUUGCAUUCUCCGGCUUAAAGUCAUUUAAUCAUCCCGAGAGGAAACGGACCGUGGUAGACCCGUUAUAUUCAAUGGCGUGUCAAUUAGACAUUGUCCACGGGGUUCCAUACAUAUUGCGUUUUCCAAUUGGUGAUCGCAGUAACACACCUUUUAUGCAAGUCAACCUUUUCAAGAUCUGGCAACAGGAAUUCGGCCAAAUCAAUUUUCUGACAAUAGCCAAUAAGGGUAAACUUAGAAUGAAGUUGAUCUACAGCUGCAGGUUUCAAUGUCGUGACUGGCAGUCGAAGUAUAUAACUGCCAUUUAUGGAUUCUGCAUCAGUGGUAGCUCAUUAUUAGUGGGCCAUUACAGACAUGAACUUUAUCACGACUGGGAAAAAUCUCGUUACCGAUGCAAUCUUAGUUGUAAUCCCAGUAUUACAAGCGUCACCUUCAUACAGAGCUUAAAUAGCAUCCACGGAAAAUUGGACAGACAUUGUUUUAUCCCAAGCAACAACAAAAAUGCGAAAUGGUCAUUUGUUCUUCUGGUGGGUUUGAGAGCAGAUAAAAACAAACAACAACGAGAAAAAGCAUUUCACUGCCAAUUGCAAAAAAAAACAUUUCCUACAAAAAAUGAUUCGCUGUCGCAUGUCUUGAUUAAAACUUCUAAAUCUUUUUUCCUCCGGUGCGUUUUCGAUGGUGUUCCUUUUUCCCACUAUACAAUUUUAUUGCAGUUCUUCUUCUCUGUCAUUAUGGUGACACGUAAAAGCAAUAUUUUAGAUAAUUGUUUGUCAGCACGUUGUUAUGUACGUAUUCCCCAUCAAUCAUAA